GAGGCGGAGCAGAGGGGUGGGGGGGUGGUGUCGCCGCGGUCUAGGCGCGUUAGGCGGUGGCGGCGGCGUCGGAGGUCCCUGAGAUAUGGCCGCCUCGGUGUUCUGCUGCCUGCGGUGCUGCAGAGAUGGCGGGACGGGCCACAUCCCUCUGAAGGAGAUGCCGGCCGUGCAGCUGGACACGCAGCACAUGGGAACGGAUGUUGUCAUUGUAAAAAAUGGAAGAAGAAUAUGUGGAACAGGAGGUUGUUUAGCCAGUGCACCUUUACAUCAAAACAAAAGCUACUUUGAAUUCAAAAUCCAGUCCACAGGAAUCUGGGGUAUUGGUGUUGCAACUCAGAAAGUUAACUUGAAUCAGAUCCCUCUUGGCCGAGAUGUGCAUAGUCUGGUGAUGAGAAAUGAUGGAGCCCUAUAUCACAACAAUGAGGAGAAAAAUAGGCUGCCAGCAAACAGCCUUCCACAGGAGGGAGACGUGGUGGGUAUUACAUAUGACCAUGUAGAAUUAAAUGUAUAUUUGAAUGGAAAAAACAUGCAUUGUCCAGCAUCAGGUAUACGAGGGACAGUGUAUCCAGUUGUUUAUGUUGAUGACAGUGCAAUUUUGGAUUGCCAGUUCAGUGAAUUUUAUCAUACUCCUCCACCUGGUUUUGAAAAGAUAUUAUUUGAACAGCAGAUCUUCUGAAUGUAUUUGUUUUUGAAACUUGUAUUUCUGCACUGUUAAAAGUGUUUACCAUUUAAUAAAGCUUUACCUGACCUACAGAUGACAAUAUAUCCUUAAAAAUAUGCUCGUUAAUGUUAUCUAAGGAACCAAAGUAUACAAUAUACCAUCCUGAAGUUGUGAUUUAAAAUACUUAGGUUUUGUGAUAAUGAAAUCAGCAUUUGGGGCAGUUUAUUUAAUUCUUAUUUAAAUAAAUAUGACUGUGGGUUUGAUUAACAGUAUUAAAUGGAAAUACGUAUAUAGAUAUUUAAAAGGGAAUCUUAACAUAAAAUAUUUGUUUUGAUAGAGAUACAGAGUUGGGUGGAGGUUUUUGUCAUUCUGAAGUGUAGACCUCAUUAACUAUUUUAAGUCUGCAGUCCAAUAAUUUUGUGUCUCAGUGUCUUUUUUAUAUAGAGUAUAACAAAGUGACAAGUUUAUGUUAUUGGCAACUUCAUUUUUGGCGAUUUAUUUACUAUAAAAUGUACCACUUUUCUUAAAAUUUAAAUUGCUUAUUUUGUUUGUAUGUCAUUGCUUUUGAUUUUCUUUGUGAAAGGAGAUAAGUGUUGUAGUAGCUGUCAGAGUAUUUUGUUGAAGACCGUCAUGCUGGGUUACUUCAAUACCUGAGUAAGUAUUGGUUGAUUGGUGAUGUAGCCUACACAGCAGACAUUUAGAAUAGUAUCAUGCUUUCAACUUAAGUGGAAAUGAGAUUAUUCUUUUAAGGACUUUUAUUUAAAUGUGCAUUUUUCUGUAAGGAAUAAUAAAAUAUUAGUAAUUAAGGACUAUUCAGUAGUAUAUUAAAUACAUGUUCUUCCUGUUUUGUUAAUUAUACAGUAAUUCACUUCACCCUUGAUUAUUUCAGAAGUUUGGAGAUAAGUGAAUUCUCUCCACGACCCUGAGCCUUUGCCUAGUUUUCAGGAAGAAUCCCUGACCUUUAGAUAACACCCUACUAAGCUGAACAAAUCACUUUCUAUAUCUGGUACAGUCUCCUUUCCAGAUGGGCAUGCAAAGGAUGCAUGCGUUUCACUCCUUUACCAACGUGGAGCAGUAUGUUGUACUAGAAAAACAGGGCUUUAGAAUUGAAGGAGAUCUGAAUUGUAGUUUUGCCACCUGAUCCCAUUAUCUCUUCAGGCAAGUUCCUCAGUCUUUCUGAGCUCAGGUUCCCCAUUUAUAAAAGGAAUAAUCAUACACUUGAUGAGAUUCUGUAACUAGUUAAAUAAUAUUACAUACGUAAAACACUUUUGUCAUCGUAGGCAAUUAACGAACGUAGCUUCUUUGUUUUCUCUGCUCAGUGGUUUUCAUAGUGUGGCCUUCAGACCGUCAGCCUCGGCCUCACUUGAGAACUUGUUAGAAAUGGACACUCAGGCCCCACCCCCGACCCACUGAAUCAGAAACUGCUGGGGAUAGCACCCAGGAAUCUGUGUUUGAACAAGCCCUUCAGGUGAUUCUGAUCCAUGCGAAAGAUUGAGAACCACUGCUCAGGAGAGAAUUCUUUGAGAAUGAUUGCCUACUCUAAAUUUUCUAAGGAUUUAAGACUUAUUUUUGCCCCAUAGACAAAAGAAUCCUGCACAAUAUUUAUUUAUUGUUCCAUUUGAUAGACACAAACAUGACAAUGUUUUGAAAACAUAGAUAUACCUGAGUAACAUCUAUUUACAUAAAUCCCAAAUUUACCUCUGUAGAUAUAUAGAAUUGAACUAACUUUAUAUUGUUUAUGCAUUUUUACCUGACUUUCUGUCCUAGUAGUUUUAAUUCAUAAAGAAUAUGCUUAUUUUGGAAAGAGAAUUAAUAUGACUACUGUUUGCUCUCUUUAUAAUGUUAUCUACCUCCUAUUUAUUUUUUUAAAAGCCAAACUUUUUUUUUAAUCAUCAUAUUCUUUUCUCAAGACUAUGUUUGAUACCUCUAAUCAUACAGAAUAGGUACAAUACUAAAAAUGGUACAUGAGUUAUGUCCAUGGCAACAGUUUGAUGAAGUCUAGAUGUGUUUUUAAUUUCUAGGUAUCUAAUUUCUCUUAGGAAAAUUACCUAUAACCUCAGUCUAAUCUUGAGGAAAAUCAUCAGACAAAUUCCAGUAGGGGGGUGUCCUACAAAAUACUUGAGCAGUACUCCAAACUGUCAAGGUCAUCAAAAACAAGGAAAGUCAGAGAUACUGUCACAUCCCGGGGAGCCUAAGGGAACACAACAAGUCAAUGUAAUGUGCGAACCAGGAACAGAAAAAGGACAUUAGGUAAAAACUAAGGAAAUCUGAAUAAACCAUGGACUUUAGUUAAUAAUAAUGUAUCAAUAUGUUUAUUAAUUAUAGCAGAUGAACCAUAAUAAUGUAAGAUGUUAAUAACAGGAGAAACUGGGAGAGGGGAUAUAUAGGAACUCUGUACUAUUGUCUCAAUUUUUCUGUAAAUCUAAACCAUUCUAAAAAAAUAAAGUCUAUUUAAGAAACUA